AAAAAGGUUUAGUCAGUUGGAUGUAGUGAAGAUAACGAGGUAUUUUGAUAAUCAAUGGUUCUCUUCAACAACAUGACUGUAAUUUACAUUAUAUGCUGUGCUUUACUUCUCAGUUUGAAAGCAGUUACUUGCGAACAGUGUGACAGAAGUGGAUAUCAACGAUGUGUAAAACUAAUGCCUCACUUCACCAACGACCCGGAAAUGUUGCUCGUGGUGACGGAAGAUAAGUUGAAAAUCUUAUGCCAGAACUUCAAAAACAGUACCAUCUGCUUUAGAAAGUAUAUAGAAAGAUGUUUUGAUCUGACACAAAGGAAUAUUUACAAGAAUUUGACGCAAGGUACUGAGGAAAUGAUGUACGAACUAUGUGACGAAAAGUCAGAAAUUCGGCAAAGAUACUUAGAAUUGACCUCAUGCUACAAAAAUCUGCCGAAAGAGAGAAGACAAAUGUGUUUGGACGUUUAUACGAAAGCGAAUAAAACAAUUAAAAACACCGAUAUGGAUUACGAAACAUACUAUCGUUGGCAUUGUUGUAUUCAAGCUCACUACUCAUCAUGUUUAAAAUCAGUUAUGAAAGAGUUCUGUGACGACGCCGCCGCUGAUUUUUUUGUGAGCUUCAAAAAGAAUGCUACUAACUUUGUUUACAAAAACUGUUUAAAAUAUACGUCAGAUUCGCUCAACUGCAUGUCGUCUGGAAAUAUCCAAACAUCAUCAGCAUUGUUGCUCAUUCUUCAUUUUGUGUUUUUAAUAUGGUAGGCAGAGCUCUUACGGUUAUAAACUGAAUUUUUCUUAGGGUUAUAGGACUUAUUACUUUUCUGUUAGUUCUUGAUGAACAGAAACUAAUAUCUUCUAGAUUUUCAAAUUGUAUGUUUUAUGUAUAUAUAUAUAUAUUAGUUUCAGUUUUUUUUUCUAGGAUUGUAUUUUUGCAUUAUUUUUUUUUAUUAAUUUGGAUCAAUUUCGCUUCACAUUUCAGAUAUAUAUCAAUAUAUAUAUAUAUAUAGCACAAAAAUCUCUGUGUCUGUCUGUUUGUCCGCUAUUACACUACUCCUAAGUUGGUGGGCCAAUUUCAAUCAAACUUUUUGGAGUGAUUGAGCACUUAUUAUCUUUGACUUAAGUUUACCUUAACUACAUUCACAGAUAGCGCCACGUCCUAUCACAAGAAAUACUAAAUUUUGUAUUACACAACAUACACAAAGUGUGGGAGGAGGGCACACAAACGUCUUAUAUAUAUAAAAGAGGCCGCAAAGAGUGUGAUGAAAAAAAUGGCCGCCACUAUGACAAUAAUGCAUAAACUCAGCUGAAGUUUCUACUCCAACAGCCACCAUAAGGCUGAUAUGAAGAGUAGUCUCUUGAGUUAUACCCACUUCCUACUUUGACCCAUGACCUUUCAAGUUUGGCCCGUACGACACUUCUGCGGUCAAUGACCAUCAAUUAAUUAAUCACGUGAAACACUGUGGUAGGACAUUAAGAGGUGGGUAUUGAAAAUGGGUAACAGAAAGCAUCCCUACCGCCAUUACUUUGGCCUCCACCUCUUCCUACAAAGUCACCCUAAUCAUCGUACAGUGUAUACCAUGUUUUAAGUAUAUAAAUAUUGAGUUAUUAAAGCUUAUACAAAACGUUUGGUGAUAUAAUAACGAAUACUAUAAUAUGUUAUGUUAUAAAUACAUUCUGAGGACGGGUACCUCAAUUUGUAUAUUAUAAAUAAUGGAAACACAAAAUCUGGAUAUGUUUAUCUAAAUAAAACUCUUAUGAUGAGCCCCGCAUCAAUGUUUUCAUGAAUAAUAAAGUAAGUGUUUAAACAA